UAUAAAAAAAAAAAAAGUGGAAACAAAGGAGAGGAGAAGAAGCAGUGGAGAGAGAGCAUGUGAAAGAAAAGCGUGAAGCUUUUUGAUAUCUCUUUCUCUUCCUUUCCUCCUAUAGAUUUCGCCGGCGAUGGUGGUGGAAUCCUUAGAAACGGAGAUUGACACGGCGGUGCGUGUGGUUCACCUCGCUUCUUCUCUCUGUGUUAAAGUUCAAGAGAAGCUUCAUCUUCCUAAUGGUGGUCACGUUAAGUCUAAAGACGAUGAUUCCCCUGUCACCGUCGCAGAUUUUGGUGUUCAAGCAAUUGUGAGCUGGGUUUUAGCUGAAGUUUUUGGUGAUCAAAACCUUUCAAUUGUUGCUGAAGAAGACACUGAGACUCUCUCAGACGCUGAUUCUUUAGGUCUUUUAGGAGCUGUGUCGAAUGCGAUUAAUGAUGCAUUGUCUGAAGCUCCGAAAUACGGGCUUCCGAAGCCAGAUAAACCAUUGGGAUCAACUGAAAUUCUUAAGGCUAUUAGUCGAUGUAACUCCGUUGGAGGGCCUAAAGGAAGGCAUUGGGUGCUUGAUCCUGUUGAUGGAACAUUGGGAUUUGUUCGCGGGGAUCAGUAUGCUGUUGCUUUAGCUUUGAUAGAGAACGGUAAAGUUCUGUUGGGGGUACUAGGAUGUCCUAAUUAUCCGGUUAAGAAAGAAUGCUUAAGUAACGGUUGCAACCAAGCUAUGAAGACGAAAUCUGUACCGGGGUCAGUAUCGAAAGGAUGUGUCAUGUAUGCAAAGCGAGGAAGUGGUCAAGCGUGGAUGCAACCGUUGAUUGUUGGAGGAAUCCCAGAAUCUGCAACACUUCUUAAGGUUUCCUCAGUCGAUGAUCCGGUUUUAGCUACGGUUUGUGAGCCAGUAGAGAGAGCAAACUCAAACCACUUGUUCACUGCAGGACUUGCCAAUAGCAUGGGAGUUAGAAAGCAGCCGAUGCGAGUGUAUAGCAUGGUGAAAUAUGCUGCGAUUGCACGAGGAGACGCUGAAGUGUUCAUGAAGUUUGCACAGUCGAGUUACAAAGAGAAGAUAUGGGAUCACGCGGCUGGAGUUGUUAUUGUGGAAGAAGCUGGUGGUGUGGUGACUGAUGCGGGCGGAAAAAACUUAGACUUCUCGAAAGGAGUUUACUUGGAAGGUCUUGACCGUGGAAUCAUCGCAUGUUCUGGUCAAGUAUUACAUGAAAAAAUUAUAGGUGCUGUUUAUGCUAGUUGGGAAUCUUCCAGUCUCUGAAAAAGUUUAUCCACAAUCCUCAGUUUGGUGCAGCAUCAUCAAGCCAAAGCAAAGGGGGAACAAGGGCCACUCCGGUUUAUGAUGAGCAAGGGCCAGUCUCUCUGAAUGUGAAUGGCGGAGAAGUAAAUAUAGUCAAGGAAGCAGCGGCAAAAGUAAGAAUCUAGUUUAUUUACCUAUCUAAGAGUAAUAAAGCUGCUGCAUUUCACGAACCUUUAUGUUCUAUAAUCUUAAUGAACGAUAUCAUUUUUAAUCUUCGUCCUGUAAUUUUUUCCCCUUCAAAAUGCGGAUUAUGGAUGUCGUUUUCUGACAAAAGAUAAAAAUUUCUUAAAAAGCU